CGCGCCGACCCCGGCAGCGCCCCUCGCGCCCUGCGGCCAUGCGGGGCAGCGGCUGAGCCGCCCGGCCGCCCUCCGCCCGCCUCGCCACCACGGGAGCGCCAGAGUCAAGUUGCUCUUGGAAAGUGUGAAGAUAAUCUUUUUCAGUUGUGCUUAGAGGAUCAGACAGUCACAUAAAUGCAGUAUCUAAACGUAAAAGAAGAUUGUAAAGCCAUGGCUUUCUGUGCAAAAAUGAGGAGCGCAAAGAAGAGUGAAGUAAACCUGGAAGCUCAGCAUCAGGGUUUAGAAAUACUUUUCUACCUGCAAGAUAAACAUCCCAUUUGGUACACCAGUGGCGAGUUUACCUCAGAGGAGCUGUGCAUUGAAGCUGCUCAAAAGUGCUGUAUAUCUCCACUGUGCCAUAAUCUCUUUGCGCUGUUUGAUGAGAACAAAAGACUCUGGUACGCACCCAACCAGGUCUUUAAAAUAGAUGAGAAAACAUCACACCGGCUCCAUUACAGAAUGAGAUACUACUUUACAAACUGGCAUGGGACAAGUGAAAGCGAACCCUCGGUGUGGAGGCAUUCCCCAAAGAAGUCCAAGAACUCUUACGAGAAGAAGCUAGCUCCAGAAGGAACCCCCAUACUUGAUGCAAGCUCAUUAGAAUACAUUUUUGCACAGGGACAGUAUGACUUAGUGAAAGGCCUGGCACCAGUUCGUGAUCCUAAAAAUGAUCAAGAAGUUCAUGAAAUUGAAAAUGAAUGUUUGGGAAUGGCUGUCCUAGCAAUCUCUCACUAUGCCAUCAAUAAACAGAUGAAACUUCCAGACCUUCCCAAAGAUAUCAGUUACAAGCAUUAUAUUCCUGAAACUUUGAACAAGACCAUCAGACAGAGGAAUUUCUUAACCAGAAUUCGGAUAAAUAAUGUUUUCAAGGAUUUCCUUAAAGAGUUUAACAAUAAAACCAUUUGUGACAGUAGUGUGUCUACACAUGAUCUGAAAGUUAAAUACUUGUCGACAAUGGAGACCUUGACUAAACAUUAUGGAGCAGAAAUUUUUGAGACUUCAUCUUUGCUGAUUUCAUCCGAGAACGAAAUAAAUAGGUUUAAUUGUGGAGACAAUGAGAUCCUCCCACAAUAUGAAGUGAUCGUAACAGGAAACAAUGGAAUCCAGUGGCGGCUGAAGCCAAAUUCUGUACAGAUAGAAAGAGAGAAACAUAAGAUGAAGAGGAAAAAAUCAGAUGGCAAAAACAGAAAGGAGGAAGAAAAACACAGAAUUCGAGACUCAUGGAACAAUUUUUCCUAUUUUCCUGAAAUCACCCACAUUGUCAUCAAGGACUCCACAGUUAGCAUUAACAAGCAGGAUAACAAAAGGAUGGAAUUAAAACUGUCCUCACAUGAUGAGGCCUUGUCAUUUGCAUCUUUGAUAGACGGAUACUUCAGACUUACAGCAGAUGCCCACCAUUAUCUCUGCACAGAUGUGGCCCCUCCGCUGAUUGAGCACAACAUAAAAAAUGGAUGCCAUGGACCCAUUUGUACGGAGUACGCCAUCAACAAACUGCGACAAGAGGGGAACGAAGCAGGAAUGUAUGUGUUGAGAUGGAGCUGCACAAACUUUAACCACAUUCUUAUGACAGUGACUUGUUUUGAUGGCUCAGAGAUGCUAAAUAGUUCAGUCCAGUACAAGAACUUCCAGAUUGAAGUGAAAAAGGGCGGGUAUUUCCUACAUGGUUCAAACAAAUCUUUCUCAUCCUUAAAAGAGCUGAUGGAUCACCUGAAAGGACAGAUACUUCGGACAGACAACAUAAGCUUUACACUGAAGAGAUGCUGCCAGCCAAAACCAAGAGAAAUCUCCAACUUGCUAGUUGCAACCAAGAAGGCUCAGGAAUGGCAGCCUGUUUAUCCUUUAGGGCAGCUAAGUUUCCAUCGAAUCCUCAAGGAAGAAAUUAUACAGGGUGAACAUCUUGGAAGAGGGACAAGAACACAGAUUUAUUCAGGGAUUCUCAACUACAAAGAUGAUGAGAAUGAAGGGUAUCAAAAUGAAAAAGAGAUUAAAGUCCUCCUCAAAGUCUUGGACCCUAGCCACAGAGACAUUUCUUUGGCAUUCUUUGAAACGGCAAGCCUGAUGAGGCAAGUUUCUCACAAGCACAUCGUCCUCCUCCAUGGAGUCUGUGUCCGUGAUGUGGAAAAUAUCAUGGUUGAAGAGUUUGUGGAAUUUGGGCCUCUGGAUCUGUUUAUGCAUCGGAAAAGUGAAGUUCUGACAACUCCUUGGAAAUUCAAAGUUGCCAAGCAACUAGCAAGCGCACUAAGCUACUUGGAGGAUAAGGAUUUGGUACAUGGAAAUGUGUGUACUAAAAAUAUCCUACUGGCAAGAGAGGGAAUUGACACAGAGUAUGGUCCAUUCAUAAAGCUGAGUGACCCAGGAAUUCCAAUAACUGUGUUGUCCAGACAAGAAUGUGUUGAGAGAAUCCCCUGGAUUGCACCUGAAUGUGUUGAAGACUCGAAAAAUUUGAGCAUUGCAGCAGAUAAGUGGAGUUUUGGCACAACUCUGUGGGAAAUCUGCUAUAAUGGAGAAAUACCACUGAAAGACAAGACAUUAGCAGAGAAGGAGCGGUUCUACGAGGGACAUUUUGUGUUGGCAACACCGUCGUGCAAGGAGCUGGCUGACUUGAUGAAGCAGUGCAUGAACUACGACCCCAACCAGAGACCCUUCUUCAGAGCAAUUAUGAGAGACAUCAACAAACUGGAGGAGCAAAAUCCUGAUAUUGUCUCUGAGAAGAAGCCUGUUGCAGAGGUCGAUCCCACGCUCUUUGAAAAACGAUUCUUGAAGAGAAUCCGUGACUUGGGAGAGGGUCACUUUGGCAAGGUGGAACUCUGCAGAUACGAUCCAGAAGGCGACAAUACAGGGGAACAAGUGGCGGUUAAAUCUCUAAAGCCGGAGAGUGGAGGGAAUCACAUUGCUGACCUUAAGAAGGAAAUAGAAAUCUUGAGGAAUCUUUAUCACGAAAACAUUGUCAAGUAUAAGGGAAUUUGCACAGAAGAUGGUGGAAGUGGGAUUAAACUCAUCAUGGAAUUUCUUCCUUCUGGGAGCCUAAAGGAGUAUCUCCCACGGAACAAGAACAAAAUCAACCUCAAACAACUUCUCAGAUACGCAGUUCAGAUCUGCGAGGGAAUGGAUUACUUGGGGUCCUGUCAGUAUGUUCACCGUGACUUAGCAGCAAGAAACGUCCUUGUUGAAAGUGAGAACAGAGUGAAGAUCGGAGAUUUUGGACUCACCAAAGCAAUUGAGACCGAUAAGGAGUAUUACACGGUCAAAGAUGACCUCGACAGCCCUGUGUUUUGGUAUGCCCCAGAAUGCUUGCUUCAAAGUAAAUUUUACAUUGCCUCAGAUGUCUGGUCAUUUGGAGUGACGUUGUAUGAACUACUUACCUACUGUGACUCAGAAUCCAGUCCAAUGGCAGAAUUCUUGAAAAUGAUUGGUCCCACCCAAGGCCAGAUGACAGUAGCACGACUUGUUCGUGUGUUACAAGAAGAAAAGCGUUUGCCGCGUCCCCCCAACUGCCCCGAAGAGGUUGACCAGCUGAUGAGGAAGUGUUGGAUAUUCAAACAUGAUGAACGGACAACCUUUCACAAUCUCAUUCAAGGAUUUGAAACGAUUAUGACUAAGAUAUAAUUCACUUUUUGUACUAUCAGUACUUCAGAUGUGUGUUGAAACAUCAACGCCCAGGACUUUUCAUUUUUUUAACUGUUGUACUCUGACUGUGCUAAUGUGUUUAAAGGAUUCCUUUUCCAACAGUUUUCCUUUUUUUUUUUAAUUUAGUCACCAGUUGGAUCAAAUUAAUGAUACAGCAGAAAAAAAAAAUAGCUUCAACUCCUUUUGCUCCAGUUAUUGCAAGAUGUUUUUAAUGUUUAUUUGAUGAAGGUAGCCACAAUUUGAACUAUCCUGGAUGAAUACAAACUGAAAGAACGUUCUUCAAAAACGCUACAGUUCUAAGUGCGUACAAAUAACCUGUACCAUUUAAAACAAGCAAGUCUGCUAUUCACAUAUAUUCCUUGAAUACUACAACCAGUGGACAUAAGAGAACUUAUUAUAGCAAUUUAAUAAUUUUUAAAUGGGGUCUUGAUUAAAAUUUUUUUUUUAAUUCUGGCUGACAACUAUCUGGCAUGUGCACUUACUUGCAUUUUAGUAAAAAAUUUGAAAAAAACAGCUCAGAGAACUAUCAAGCUGUCAGAGAAGAUAGAUAAAAUAAUCAAGCCUUUGUAACAGCUCUCUUAGCCAUUAAAAAAAGAAAUUGACGUCAUGUUCCCCUCCAUGAAUCAGCGUAUGUAACUAGCCACGUAUUUCACUGAGAAACCCAGUUUCUUGAUAGCCUGCUUUUACUAACACAUCGCUCCCCUCCUUCACAUUUCCAGCUGCUAAAGCUGCCACCAGUUACGCCGCUGUUAAUCAUGCAAACACGACGCUCUGCAGCAUGUCAUGCAAGCGAGCAACAGCGCGGUGAAAGGCGCCUCGGGAAAUAAUAAUUGCCCACUUUGGGGCUAGAAACAGAAAUGAAUCUGUGCCGAUUCUGUGGGCGCACUCCCCCGAAACGCAGCCCGCUGCCUUACCGCCUGCGCCACCGGAGGGGCGCUUGCCUUGCUGAUUUUUAUUCUUUGUCAAUGGUUUCUUUGGCCAACGUGUAAAUUAAUUUUAGCUGUUUUUCUGUAAACACUCAGGACAAAACAGGUUAGUAGCUAGAGGGCUCAUUUGUGCUAAAUGGCUGUGCUUUGAACAACAGCGUUGGACUUACUUUGACUCACCGACUCAAUACGCACAGCAGAGCAGCGUUCAGCUAACAACAGGAGUAAAAGCCAGAGGCCGGUGAGGCCAGUUUGGGACCACGUGUUUUCUUUGUCAGGAGCAGACUUUGCAUUUAAACCACGCGCCACUCACGGGAGGGCACUGUAGUCAUUUUGUGAAUCUGUCAGGCCUUUAUAAACAACCCUUUACGCAAACUGGAAACCUUUUGCUGACCCUGUCCAAGAACUUGGGUACUAAUGUUUUUUCCCCACCAAACCUGGAUUUUGAAAAUGCUUUGAGGAAAUAAUUCUGGCAAUAACUGAAAGAUGUCUUUAAAUAAUACAUAUAUAUAUAAAAAUAUAUAUAUAUAAAAAUACCCUCUGUAAUUAUGAGCUGCAACGAGGUCAGAUUUAUUUUUUACAGUAUUACCUGUUUUCUUGUAUGUAUGUCAGUUAUGACUCUGAUUUAAAGCUAUAAGCACUUUGUUACUCUUUAUACAAA